GUUGCGAUAGGCACCAAAAAUAGCCGUCAGACAUGAGGGCUUUAUGAGCUAUUCCUUUCUGAUUCUCGUCCAAAAAUUCCGGCCAGAUACUGGUUCUGAUUUGACUGCCAACCGGAAGGAACACCGCGUUGUUCCUACCGGAAUCUAAAACAUAACCACUGGUUUCUUUUGAUAUUCUCUUUUCAUUCUAUCUCGGAUCUCUCUUGCUCUUCUUGAAUAUUAAAUAUUAUAUACAACAAUAAAGAGUUCCUGCGGUACUCGUUUCAAAUUUUUUUAUCUUAGUUUCCCCUUUUCUGUUUGUUUCUGGGGAAUUCAAAGAGAUGAGAGAGAGUUUGUUCAAUCCCAUUACUUGGGUUUGGCCAGAACUCACCAUAUAAAAAUUUUAGCUUGAAACAAUCCAGAAUUUCUAGCCAUUUUCUCGAGUUUUCUUCUAAGUUUGGAAGUUCGAUCAACCACAAGCAACUCGAUCGGUGGCGGAAGGUUUCUACCUCUCCUUUCAGAUUAAUGUCAACAAAGGUGAAGGGCCUCUUGAAGGGCCUAAGAUACAUUUCACAAAUAUUUGAAAAUGAAAAAGAACCCGAGAUGCAGAUUGGCUUUCCCACGGACGUGAAGCAUGUUGCACACAUAGGAUGGGAUGGCCCGUCUGUAAGUUCGCCGAGUUGGAUGAAUGAGUUCAAAUCCACUCCUGAAACCUUAUCCGCCCCAUUAACAUCUAAUGGAGUUGCAAAGGAAAUUUCUGUAGAUGAAGAUAUAAAUAGGACAGAAGGCGAAAAGCCGCCGACUUCUAAGGAAAAGCAAAGGAGACGCCGUUCAUCAUCAUCGGGUGGCGCCUUUCCAUUGGAUUCCCCAGCUCGGAAUCCUUCUGAUGCGCCAAAACACAGCAGGCGCCACCACUCUUCGGGUGGAUCUGUCAUUUCCGACAACCAAGAUGGGAGCACAAGAUCAUCAAGGCGGCACCACAACUUAAGCGGGCUGGAGUCAACCUCACGAGAUGGGCCUGGAGUCCCAAAACAGUCGCGCCGGAGGAAAUCAAAGGGGUCAUCUGGAGGUGGGUCAAGUAGGUCAAGGUCAAAAGGCCAGGCGUCGCUAACUGAUGUUGAUCCCUUCUCGGAAUCUGGACUUCUGUCUGGAACCAAACAUGGAACGAAGAACAGCACCGAGUUGUACCCGGUUUCGGUUUUGGAAGUUUUUGAAGAAGAGAAUGAGUGCGAUGAGAUUUCAAAGAACUUCGCGAUUGGUAAAGUAUAGAGAUUUAAACAUAAACAUCUGCAUGACGGUGUGACUUCAGUUAUUUUCCUUAAGCAGCUCUAGCCUCUAGCUUCCUUAAGCUGGUUUAAGAAGCUAAUGUAAGUAGAGAGCUUAGUGUUUUUGUCUGCCAGAAAAGAAAAGAAAGAAAGGAAAAGAGGUUCAGUUCAUACUUUUGGAAGCUUAGAUGCAUGGAUGGAACUAUCACAUCAAAACUGUUACGUUUGACUUGAAAAACAUCAAGAACAAGCGCAGAAC